GACAUUGCCACCACGGCGCAGGAGAUGCAGCGAGCGCGCUACUUCACCUUCGUCAUGCUCGUCAGGAUGGUGCAGGAGAAGAUACCACGUAACACCACCUUCCUGAUGCCCAACGACAGGCUGCUGUCCACUGCAUCCAUCUCUGAGAGCCAGGUGCUGGAGUUCCUAUCCAGGCAUUCCAUCACUGCGCCCCUGAUGUUCAACGACCUCAUCAGGCUUCCCAAUGGAACAGUAGUCCCCACCCGCCACUUGGGUGACAUGAUCACUGUAACCAACAUCAAGCAUCAGAAGCUCUACUUCAACGGCAUCGAGCUCACAAGUCCUGAUCUCUGCCACUUGGGGGAGUCAUUCAGGUGCCAUGGAAUAAAUGGAGUCAUAAGGCCAACAGCAACACGAAGAGUAAAAGCGGCAACUUGCACUCGCUACACCGCUCCAACUUCUGCAGCACCAGAGAAGACUAUUCUUGUUCAAUGA